UCUCAAUUUCCCUCCAGAGAUAACAAAUGCUGCCUUCCAACCACAAGCACUACCAGAGCUAGACAUGGAGCUUCUUGCCUUCCAAAAUCAUUUAUUUUACCCAGACUACCCUUGCAGUACUUCCAUUGAUCCACUCUUUCAUCACCCCGCCAAUUCUGACUUAAAUAUCCUUCCCUGCUCAGCCUUACCACCACCACCGCCGCCACCACUUGACAACUCCAUUCCUCCUCAACCAUUCCAAUACUCGUACCAGUACCCCAAGCGCCAAAAGUGUUACGAAGACGAGUACUACAACUACUGCUACUAUCCGGAGGAGGAAUUAAUGCCGAGCUUGAAGCCUGAUGGCUUCGUUGCGAAUCCACCUCUGCUGAUACCAAAAUUCUCGUUGCCGGAGAUUUAUGGCCGGGUAGUGCCAGCUUUCGAUUACGGGGGGUGUGGUGAUCAGGAGGCUAGUGGUGGUGGAGGAAGAGGGAGCUUGUCGGCGCAGAGUAUAGCCGCGAGGCAGAGGAGGAGGAAGAUAACAGAGAAGACACAAGAGCUGGGGAAGCUUAUUCCUGGUGGACACAAGUUGAACACUGCUGAGAUGUUUCAUGCUGCUUCCAAGUAUAUCAAGUGCUUGCAAGCCCAAGUUGGCAUUUUGGAAUUCACGGGGUCCGCUCAGGAAAAUCAUGAAGAAUCACUUCUGCAUACUCGAGAACUCCAAGCACUUGCAUCAUCUCCAAGCAUUCAAGAAAAGUUGUACUCAUCAGACAAGUGUUUGGUUCCCAAACAAUUCGUCGACGUAACGCUUCCAAAUUACCAUGAUCUCCAAUCCAACGCUUUGAUCUCAACCGAGCUUCAUCAGUUAAUGCGAACUAGUAGUGGCUGAAAUAAAAGA